CUUGCGCACGGCUGCGUGGCUUUACCCGAAGAAGAAGUCAAUUCUGGAAGCCAUUACGCUGCGUAUUUUUAUAGAGUAAAAUCUUAACUAUUUUUACGCAUAAUACGUACGCCUAAAAUAAAUAAAUAAAUAAAUAUAAUCGCAAGACUUUUCAAAUAACAAAACAAGCAUGGCAUCGCAAGCCAAGAAAAGAAAAAUGAAUUUUUCCGAAAGGGAGGUGGAGAUUAUUGUAGAGGAAAUGGAGAAACAGAAGCAUAUACUGGUUAACCACUUCAACGCCGGAGUCGCACACAUUGCGAAAAACAACGCCUGGCUCGAGAUCCUCAAAAGGGUUAACGCCGUCACCACCUGCCAGCGGGAGUUAGCUGAGGUCAAAAAGAAGUGGUCCGAUUUAAAGACCGAAGUCCGGCGGAAGGUGGCCCAAGCCCGGGCGGCCAUGGACGGUUCGGCUGACUGCAGUUCGGUGCCGGUGAUCCUCACGGCCAUGCAGCAGCGCAUCUGCAACUUACUGGGCGAAGCCACCAUCAUCAGCAUACCCGCCGGGGAAGGAGGCACCGAGAUUACAGUGCCGGUGCCAAUUACGGCCGGCACCACCGUCACGCUCGCCCAAACUGAGACGACGUACCACACGUUGGAGGAGGGAGUCGUCGAGUAUUGCACGAAUGAGACGCCCACGACGGUGGCCGCUGCCGACACGCCAGUCGAGGUGAUCUCCUCCCAAGGCGACUGCUCCAUUAAGCCACAGGAGCUGAAGAGCAGGAUAGCCCUCAAUUCUGCCAAGCUUCUCCAGGAGCAAAAAGUGACCAACCUGCACGUGAGAGAGAUCGCUCAGCAUCUCGAGAACCAGAACGAUCUAUUACAAAUGAUCCGCAGGUCCCAGGAGGCGCAGGCCUGCGCACAGGAACGGCAGGCGCAGGCGCUGGAGGGAAUGCAGGCCGCCCUGAUCGCCCUCAUACAGAUGAUGCGUCCGGCGCUGAAGGACGUGCGCAAGUUCCUCCAGAACAACCCCAACAGCUCCACCUCGGCCAGCAGCAUGGAACAUGAGCUGGCUUUGAAAAACGAUCAUUCGAGCAGCUCUCAGUAGUCAAAGAGGAAGGAGCCGGCCGGGCUUAGAUGGCCGUCCUGCAUUUAAAAGACUCCAGGAGUGAAUGGAGGAAGUCAGCAGUAUGGGCUUGUUCUGCUGAUCGAGCGAGAAGAGCUUUCUUUUUUGUUUCUUCACUAUGCCUUCAUGUACAGCCCAUUUGAAAAAUGGAAGCUAAGCCAGCUUUUUGGACAAAGAAAUGAGAAAACUCAAAAGUGUAAUUUGCACUUAGAUUGCGAUGCAAUUUACUGUCGGACAGCUGAUGACCGCACUGCCCUGGCAGGAGAGCAAACCAGGAACACAACUGCAGCCACCCUGUCAGGUUCUGUUCUUUUUUUAUGUUAAGUUUGGAUGUUCAAGGAAGUAAAAUCCUUGUGUUUUUUUGUUUUUUUAUCACUUUUAAAUCAGACUUUUCUUAGCGGGCCAGCUGUCCACUUUCAAUAAACUGCAUAAAU